AUGCCUCUCUCUGCUUCACAGCAUGCCAGCUCGCUCAAAGCCAAGUCGUCUAGUGUUGAGAAUCUUGCCACUGUCAUAUCGCCGACGACUCAGAGGGCUUACAAAGCUACGUUGGCUAUCACCGGAAUGACUUGCAGCUCAUGCGUAUCUACUAUCACUCACGCAGUCCAAGGAGAUCCAUGGGUGCAGUCGGUCAAUGUCAAUCUCUUGACAAACAGCGCAACAGUCGUCUUCACUGGCAAAGAGAAGUGUGACGAGCUGAUUGAGACUGUCGAAGACUGUGGAUUCGAGGUCUCAGUGGAUCAACUGGAAGAAGUUCAAAGCAAAUGGUCCGGAACGACAACAUUGUCGAAACAACAAACGGCGAGGUGGCAUGCAUCAUAUUUCAUCGGCGGCAUGACAUGCUCCUCUUGCGUUGGCAACGUUACUCAGGCGUUGAAACCCCACAAAUGGAUCGAUAAGGUCGACGUCAACCUCAUCUCGAAUAGUGCAACUGUCGUAUUCAAGGGUAAACAACAUUUGCCAGAGAUCAAGCAGAGUAUUGAAGAUGUCGGAUACACCGCCACGCUCAACCAGGUCACCCAGAAUGGCACUGAGGCCACGGAAACUACCGAUCGAUCAGUCGCACUCCGUAUAGAUGGCAUGUUCUGUAACCAUUGCCCUGAAAUCAUCACCAGGGGAUUACGGGAAGCAUUCGCCAACCAGGACACUUUCUGUAUUGAGGACCCACCAAUGUCACUUCAACAACCCAUCUUACAUAUCCGAUACGUGCCAUCGCCUCCUGAAUUCACAAUGCGAAGCAUCCUCGCAGUUAUCAAAAGUCUCAACACAGAAUUCAGCCCUUCGAUAUUCCAUCCUCCUACUCUCGAAGAGCGAGCCCGGAAAAUGCUUGCGCAAGAGCGGACACGUAUCUUGUACCGCCUUGUACUCUGCGUUGUUGUUGCUAUACCCACAUUCGUCCUUGGUAUCGUCUACAUGAGCCUGGUCAGCCCCAAGAAUCCUACACGCAAGUAUCUCAUGGGCCAUAUGUGGGCUGGCAACGUCACCCGACUCAACUGGGCCCUGUUUAUCCUCGCCACACCAAUCUACUUCCUCGCUGCGGAUACGUUCCACCGCCGCGCACUGAAGGAACUGAGGUCCAUGUGGCGACCUGGGAGCCGAACGCCAUACUUGCAUCGCUUCACGCGAUUUGGCAGUAUGAACAUGCUCAUCUCUCUUGGAACAACCAUUGCGUAUACUGCUUCAAUUGCCGAGCUCAUCAUGGCUGCCACAAAGAUAUCAGAAGGCUCCCUGGACGACUCCUACUUCGAUGCCGUGGUUUUCCUGACCAUGUUCUUGCUUGUUGGUAAGUUUCUGGAAGCCUACAGCAAGGCAAAGACUGGUGAUGCCGUCACCUCCCUCGGUAAGCUACGUCCGAACGAGGCUGUUUUGGUCGACGCGGAGAACGGCGAUAUCAAGGUCGUUACCGAUUUUCUAGAAAUUGGUGAUACCGUUCGUGUUCACAACGGUACCUCGCCACCAUUCGACGGCGACAUCAUCGAAGGCUAUUCGAAUUUCGACGAAUCGAGCUUGACAGGUGAAUCGCGACCAGUCAAGAAAGGGGAAGGUGACACCGUAUUCUCGGGUACUGUAAACAAGGGGGCACCGGUAAAGAUCAGGGUUACGACUGUGUCAGGUACGUCAAUGCUGGAUCAAAUCAUCAAUGCUGUACGAGAAGGACAGUCCCACCGCGCACCGGUCGAAAGAGUUGCAGACAAAAUCACCUCGCACUUUGUGCCCUUUGUAAUCGCCGUUGCUAUUAUCACAUGGCUUAUCUGGCUGGUUCUCGGCAAGACGGGGGUUAUUCCCAGCGACUGGAAGAGCAAGAGUGCUGGAGGCUGGGAGCUUUGGUCACUACGCUUUGCUAUUGCCGUCUUUGUCAUCGCUUGCCCCUGUGGCAUCGGACUUGCCGCACCAACUGCACUAUUCGUUGGUGGGGGUUUAGCUGCUAAACAUGGAAUCCUCGUCCGAGGUGGCGGCGAAGCUUUCCAGGAAGCCAGCUCUCUGGAUUGCAUCGUCUUCGACAAAACCGGCACCUUGACCCAAGGGCGUGACCCUGCAGUAACCAACCACAAGUUUACUGGCGAUCAGAAGAGUGAACUUGUACUCGGUAUUGUAAAGUCACUUGAGCAGAACAGUAACCAUCCCAUCGCUCGAGCACUGUCCUCUUUUUGCGACAAGACGGCACAUGAGACACCGACUGCGGUUGAUGUAGACGAGAUACCUGGCAAGGGUCUGAAGGGAACUUUCAGGGUUGAUGGUCAGGAGAUUACUGCUAUUAUCGGCAACGAAAGCUUCAUGGCUGAUUACCAUGUCCCCAUUCUCGCGGAAGAUGCUUCAACGCUUGAGACAUGGAAAUCACACGGAGACUCUGUUGCAUUGGUCGCACUGUUCCUACGACAGACCCAACCAUCAAGUCAGUCCUCGGAAUCACCCGACCCAUAUGAGUCACUCUUAAUUGCCAACACCGAAGUUCAACAUGCACCAAACUGGCAGCUCGCGUGCGCCUUGUCCAUAGCCGACCCUCUCCGCCCUGAAGCUCCCAAGGUUAUCUCCGCUCUGAAAGCACGUGGUAUAGACGUCUGGAUGCUCUCCGGUGAUAACCUUACUACAGCCAACGCAGUGGGGGCCCAAAUCGGCAUCCCCUCUUCCAACAUCAUCGCUGGCGUACUUCCGGACCAGAAAGCAGAGAAGAUAAGGUAUCUUCAGCAAACACUCCAAAAGCACCAGAAAGCGGCCCUACAGAUUCCUUUCUUAUCAAGGUGGAAUGAGGGCAACACAGGCAAGCGCGCAACCGUAGCCAUGGUAGGCGACGGCAUCAAUGACGCUCCAGCCCUAUCCACGGCCGACCUCAGCAUAGCCAUAGGCUCUGGUUCCGAUAUUGCCCUCUCUUCAUCCUCUUUCAUUCUCAUAAACUCCCGCCUCACCACUAUACUCACUCUCCUCGACCUCUCCCGUGUAGUCUUCCGCCGCGUCUACUUCAACUUUGGAUGGGCUCUCAUAUACAAUCUAGUCGCCAUGCCUAUCGCCGCUGGCGUGUUGUACCCUAUCACAACUGGAGGAAAACCAACGAAAAUGGUUCACAAUGGCUUAGAGAUGAGUGUAGGUAUGGAAAUGGAGGGCUCGGGACGAAAGCAUGUCAGACUUGACCCUGUCUGGGCUAGUCUAGCCAUGGCAUUGAGCAGUGUGAGUGUGGUUUGUAGUUCGUUGGCGCUGAGGAGCAGCGUGCCUCUAUUAGGCUUCAAAGUCAAGGAUGAGUGGGAUGAGGAGUUUGAGACUGCGGAUGGAGUAGGAAGCAGGGGUGGGGACAUGCCUGAAAUUGUGUGA